AUGACAGUCGUCGUCGUUCUUCCCUACGAAAUUGCGUGCUUACGCCAUUGGCUUCGGAAACUGCUUCCGGCUAAAGCAGCCGAGACCCUGAAGCCACCGUGCGCAAACUCCAAUCCAGACGAGAAACACAGCGGAGGCGGUGACAGCGACCUCGACCUUAUGACGUCAUGUACAAUAAGCAUGCACAUAGUAUCACCAAAUCCCAUCUCCCCUCACCUUCCAACCCUCACCCAUAGAACAACCCAUCAUGUACCUGUCCUCGUCCUCGUCCUUAUCAUCACCGUCGACUCCAUUGAGAAAAAAAUCGGACAGUCGACCGGCCAUCCCGUCGACACGAACAAGUAUCGUGAGAAGAACGAGAAGUUCACCGAUAAGCUUCGAGGCUUGUUUGAGAAGAAGACUGGCAAGAAGGUAUCAUACCCAGGGGGAGUAGAGUUCCUAGUAAGGGAGACAGAUGAAGUGAGGAGUUGGAUAUUCUAUGAUACCCAUGAAUUCUGUAGCAAUGAUGAACACGAGGUGACUUCUUUCCUGAUCUCCGGACCGCAGGAUCUCACCCCUUCUUACGCACGACACGACAAAGUUGCGAGCCGUCAUGGGCGAGACCCAAACGCUCAAUGGCGGGCCAAGUUGCUAUUGAUUAUUCGUAAGUCAAGCAUUCCGGGUGACGAGUCUUGUCCGGUCGUUGACGACAACAUUGCUGUAAAUUUUGUAGGCAGCCGUGAACGCUGCUCUGGAGUCUUUAGUAUCCAGAGGGCCAGGGAGUAUGCAACACAGACGCUUGACAAGGACAAGAAGAUAUUAUUGACUUUGUGCUCGCACUGUUUGCGUACCGAUCUUAUACCAUCAAAGAAAAUCUUCCUCAUCACCCUGCUCCCCCUUGCUAUAACUAGCAAGAGGUCGUCAACCGCUUUUUGCGACCAGUUAGCCCUACAUUUCGGCUGUAUAGCGUACAUCCAAUUCCAUAGCUCUUGUGCAACGCUGCUCAGUGUUACAGCCCACAAUAAGGCAUCCCGCUGGAUCUCAUUAGCCGCACGCGGCGUCGACACGUCCCACGCAUUCUGCAAUCUCAUGGGGGAGAAUGGCGUCUUGGGCGUCUUGGCCUCGGCAGGGGUCGAAGGAGCAGAGGCACCUAACGUUACCGUGAUAUGGAACACGACUGCCAUGAGGAUUAUUGAUUGUAGCACAGCAAGCGUGACCGUGACCGUGCUAGGCCCAGUUCGCUGCUAUUCUCGCUAUAAGACAUUGAUCGAUAACACCGCGAGGGCCGCCGACGCCAUGUCAUCGCUCUUAACUCUGACCGCAGCGUUCCAGUCACCACGCCUGGUCUGGCCUAGGCUGCCUUGCGUCUCCUCAGGCAGUGUGAGCGAAAGAAAGACACGGUCCCGCGCUUCCGUUGACAAGCAUCACGAUCAAGGCCCAAAUUACCCAAUCGGAACGGGCUUCUCACAGCCAUCUGCCUGCGAGCCUGCGCCUGCUGAAAGACUGGCGCUGCUGAGGAUAUGUACAGGUACGCGCAUCCUCCCCCUUCAUCCUCCUACCACUUCUCCCCAUAACCCGCGCUACAGGUAG